UAGCACAUGGAGAUCUAUUGCCGCGUUUAAAAUCCGGAACGCACUGUGUCACUGUUUAACUACGGUCGGCUUGUCUGUAAGCGUCGCCCUCGAUCUCUUCAAUUACUACUGCCUUUUUAGGUCUCUCUCUCCAUCGAUUCUCGCCGGGUUUUCACCGAGCCAGCGCCGUCGAUUUCAUAUCCUCCAAACGAUGAAGCUCACCGUUAAGACUCUCAUGGGUCGUCAGUUUGAAAUUAGGGUUCAGUCCUCCGAUACGAUAAUGGCGGUGAAGAAGAAUAUUGAGGAUUCACAAGGGAAGGAUAAUUACCCGUGUGGGCAGCAGCUGUUGAUUCACAAUGGAAAAGUUUUGAAAGAUGAAACUACUUUGGUCGAGAACAAGGUUACUGAGGAAGGCUUUCUUGUCGUCAUGCUUAGCAAGAGCAGAACUGCAGGUUCAUCAUCUGGUCAGUCGUCUACUCAGUCUGCUUCCACUUCUACUACUACCACAUCUUCGACUAAGCCUGCAGCUCCAACUACAACUCAGUCUACAGCUGUGCCUGCUUCACCUGUUACUGCUCAAGAACAACCAGCGGCACAGACUGACAUCCAUGGACAAGCUGCUUCAUCAUUGGCUAGUGGCAAUCGUCUUGAGCCAUUGGUGCAACAAUUAAUGGACAUGGGAGGCGGAAGCUGGGACAAAGAAACUGUUACUCGUGCACUUCGUGCUGCUCAUAACAACCCUGAGAGAGCAGUGGAUUAUCUGUACUCUGGGAUUCCUGAAACUGCUGAAGUAGCUGUGGCAGGGUCUGGUGCAGCCCCUGUCCCACCUGCAUCUGGAGGUCCUAACUCAUCUCCUUUGGAUUUAUUCCCUCAGGGAACAGUUGCAGCUGCUGGCACUGGUGAUCUUGGGACGCUUGAAUUUCUUAGGAACAAUGAUCAGUUCCAACAAUUACGCACCAUGGUCCAUUCCAACCCUCAAAUCCUCCAGCCCAUGCUUCAGGAACUAGGAAAGCAAAACCCUCAGCUUCUAAGGCUUAUCCAAGAGAAUCAGGCAGAGUUUCUUCAGUUAGUAAACGAGCCUUAUGAGGGAUCUGACGGGGAUGCAGACAUUUUCGAUCAACCAGAGCAAGAAACACCACAUUCCAUUAACGUCACCCAAGCAGAACAAGAAGCUAUUCAACGGCUAGAGGCAAUGGGAUUUGAUAGAGACUUAGUAAUAGAAGCCUUUCUUGCAUGUGACCGUAACGAGGAACUGGCAGCUAACUAUCUAUUGGAGAACUCAGGAGAUUUUGCAGACUGAGUUUCCAAACCACCGUCUUUGAAAAGUUUGUCCCUUUUCAUCUAUAAAUCUUGUCUUUAUUUAACUGACAUUAUCUGAUUAGUGUGGUGGGAUUUUCUCUUUCUUAUUUCAGUUUUUUCUUGCUGAAUUUUCUUUACUCCAUUUGAGUUUUUCUUACAAUUCGUGUGGUUGUUGCGUUUGUGAUAGAUUCUUAUGUGAGCAGAGAUGCAAAGAUCACGUAGUUCUCGCGGGGAUAAACAUAAAAAGUGUAAUAGAUAUUUCAUCGUAAACAACUUAUGUUUUGAUU